GGCCCAAAAUCUAAUCAACGCAUAUCAACGUUUCAAGUGCGCCCAGCCCAGUCGCCAUGACGCAUGGUCAUGUCGCCGUGCACGUGCACCACACGCCAGUGGUGCACCACGUCCACCACACCCACCACAAUCACCACAACCACCACAAUCACCACAAUCACCACAAUCACCACCACCACCGCAGCCACCACAGCAACCAGAGCCACCGCAGCCACCACGGCAGUCUGUUCCACUGGGGGAAGCAUGGACAUCAUCACCAGCACCACAAUCGGCACCACCAUCACCGACAUCAUUUCCUCCCAUGGGAUGUGAUGAACAUGAUCAACUCCGCGCCCAUUGAGGUUGUGACCGCUUCUCGCCUGAAGACACAGAACAAGCCUCCGAAAAGGGAUUUGAUCAUCGUUGGGGGAGGUGCCGCGCCUCAACUCACAGGAGUCACGGUGAAAAUCCCCUUGCCUGGCCUCCGCUGCGGCGACGUCACCUACUACGAGAUCGAGGUGCACCCGGUGGAUGGUGGUGUGCCCUGGCGUGUGGCACGGCGCUACCGCCACUUUGCGGCCCUGGCGGCCGAGAAGGGUGUGCGCUCUAGCGUGCCGCUGCCCCCCAAGCUGUGGACCCGUAAGGCCAAUGAGGACCCAAACAACUUGGAGGAGAGGCGCCGGGGCUUAGAGCUGUGGCUGCAAGGUGCCCUGCAAUUGACCCCACCAGAGGCCAUAGCCAAGUUUCUGCUCCUGGGUCGCUGCGGCUUGGCGCCAGAAACGCCUCUAGCGCCCAGUGCCCCAGAGCAUGAGGAGUUGGUGUAUCUGGUGGAGGUCGCGGUGCCGCCGGGGAUGGGGCCAGAUGACCUGCUGAAGGUCAAGGUGCCAGGGAAUGAGGUCAUCACCAUCAGCAUCCCUUGGGGCCUGGUGCCUGGGACUCCCUUAAAGUUGUGGUGGGAUCCCAUGAACAACAGCCUGUCAGUGCACCAGCACCAGGACUGGCAAGCCUUGCGCAAGUGAGGUGGAUGGAUCAGGACAGCUGUCAGUUGAAAAGCUGUUUGAAGCCAAGGGCAAUCAAAGCUGUGACCUGACCUAAUCCUAGUUGUACAGAUACGCCGUGGCUGGUUGCUUUCCGGUAUUGUCAGGUGGCUGCAGAAUGCUUGGCUGCAGCUCAGGGUGUUCAAGCUGUUGGGCUGAACCUCUGCUUUUGCCUAGAUCUUGCAGAGCCGCCAGGUUCAAAA